AACGGGAAGAUUAUUGGUCACACUGCAGUGCGCAGGCGCGGGCCUAAAUCAGCUGUUAUUGAACGUUUACACUCGCGGCCCUGAUCUUCUGCAGCCGAAAUCCGUGGGCGUUGCAGCAGCAGCCCCAUCAACGCACCGAGUCGAGCCACCCAGGAUACACGGACACAGGUACGCGAUCCCAACAACCAACAGGAAGGCACAGAGCACUCGCACGAAAAAGCAUUUGCACUUGUUUUUUCGCGGCCGGAUCAUGUUUCCCAACCUCAAGGGUCACGGCCAACGGGUCAACCUGCAGCUCCUACAGGAGGCCGCCUGCCGCGAAUUGGUGCAGCAGCUGGAGCACAUCGAGGGCUCCAAGGUGAUUGUCCUGGACGAGGCGAUGAUCGGUCCCCUCGAUCUGGUAACGCGACCAAAGUUGUUCGCCGACCGGGGCAUUCGUUUGUUGGCGCUCAAGCCGGAGCUCCAUUUGCCGCGCGAAGUGGCCAAUGUGGUGUACGUAGUGCGCCCGCGGGUAGCGCUAAUGGAGCACCUAGCAGCUCAUGUGAAGAACGGUGGACGCGCGGCAGCCGGAAGGCAAUACCACAUCUUGUUUGCACCGCGCCGUUCCCGCUUGUGCGUCUGUCAACUGGAGGUCAGCGGCGUACUGGGCAGCUUCGGGCGCAUUGAGGAACUGGCAUGGAACUACCUGCCGCUGGACGCCGACUUGGUCUCGAUGGAGCUGCCCAAUGGUUUUCGCGAUGUUAGCGUAGAUGGCGAUACCAGUUCGCUCUACCAGGCAGCUGUGGGUCUGGUGCAGCUGCAGCGGCUCUACGGACGCAUUCCCAAGAUCUACGGCAAGGGCGAGUUUGCCCACCGGGUGUGGGAACAUGCCAAGCAGCUGGGCCGGGACGAGCGUUCCCUCUACAAUGGCGACAAGGGCGUUAUCGAUCAGUUAAUCCUGCUGGACAGGGGCAUCGACUUGAUCAGCCCGCUGGCCACGCAACUCACCUACGAGGGACUCAUCGACGAGUUCUAUGGCAUUCGGCAGAACAAGCUAACACUGCCCGCCGAGAACUUUCCCUCCGAUGGAUCGAUCAAUAGCUCUGGUCCACGAACGGAGGAAUCUCAGUCCCUGCUGAGCGACAACGAGAAGAAGACCAUCCUCCUGCAUUCCGGGGAGCAGCUGUAUGCGGAACUGCGAAACAAACACUUCAAUGAGGUGACCAAGCUUCUGGCCCGCAAGGCGCGCGAGAUUCACGUCCAAAUGCACGCCACCUCGCAGGACAAGAGUGUGCAGGAGAUAAAGAGCUUCGUGGAGAACCUGCUGCCGCAGCUGAUGGCCCAGAAGAAGGCCACCUCGGAGCACACGGCCAUCGCCGGCCUGCUGCAUGAGCAGGUCAACGCGGUGAGCUUCGCCGACGACCUGGCCGCCGAGCAGGAGUUUAUGGUUUGCGCGGACAUCGACAAGCCGAGCGCCUACAUCGAGGACCUCAUCGCCUGCAAGGCGGAGCUGCGUCGUGUCCUGCGGCUCAUCUGCCUGCAGUGCAUCGCCGCCUCCGGGCUCAAGGAGAAGCUGCUCAACCACUACAAGCGCGAACUGGUCCACGUCUACGGGCUCGAAGUCCUGCUCACCGUCAGCAACCUGGAAAAAUCGGGCCUGCUCCACCAGCAGACCGAGUCGCGGGCCUACAGUGUGCUGCGAAAGACACUGCACCUCACCGUGGACGACAAUGUGGAGGUGGAGCCGAAGGACAUUAGCUACGUGCACAGCUUCUACGCUCCGCUCACCGCUCGCAUUGUGGAGCACUCGCUGAAGCCGCUCGGCUGGCAGUCGCUGAAGAGCCAGAUCAACAACCUGUCCGGCCCCACAUUCGAGGACUUUCAGGCGCAGCUGGUGGGGAUCGGGGGACGGCACACGGUGGGCACUACGGUCAGCGAGGGAUCGCUGUUGAAUGUGCCGCGCGUCGUACUGGUUUGCUUCGUGGGCGGUUGCACUUUCGCCGAGAUCGCCGCUCUGCGAUUCCUUGCCGCGCAGGAGGACAACAAUGUGGAGUUCCUGAUUGCCACCACGAAGGUGGUCAACAAACACUCCUUCCUGGAGAGCCUGAUGAGCUCGUGAGGUCGGCGGCUAAGCCGAUUGGAGGCCCAUCGCCUGUCCAACGACCACGGCCUGGCACGUGGAUGAAACGCGUCGGAGCCGCUGAUUCCGAGACCGAAAAGGAAGGGCAAGCGGCGCACCACGGCGGUCAGGAUUUCGGAUUAGCGUCCAGUGAACGGAAGUGGGAAAGCAUAAAGCAAAAACAUAUAUAUAUAUACACAUACAUAUAUAUAUUUUUCUAUUACGGCAUUUAUUCUCGUAUUCUGUGUACCGUAUAUGGAAAUAUUUAUAUAGAUUGCAUACAUAUAUGCAUAUAUUUAUUUAUAUAUGUUUACUCAAUUAUGUACAUGAAUGAUUCUAGUUGUAAGUGAAAAUGAUUCCAAAUUUAAAUUCAUUAAAGUUCUGUGCAAGAAACUUAUUGUCAAAAUAAAGUAUUUAGCCAAUGUUAUAUUAUAAUGGACGCUAGACCAGCUAAAAAGUUAUUUAAUCGCAUAACCGAUAGAAAUGUAAGCCGGUAAAGACCGAAUCCCUCAAAUUCCUUGCCAAGCGGCUCGCUUUAAUUGUAAUGAAAACGAUUCAAUAUUCUUCUCCAACUAUAAUAUCACUCACCUUUCCAAUGGAUCGAUUGAAUUGGCUGGUUCUCACACAAUACGUAUUCACCAAAUAUUAUUGUUGAACUGAAAUAAGACUGUGCAAUGUGAAUAUUCAGGGGUAUUAAGAAAGAACUACAAAAACCCCAGGGAUUUUAGGAUUGGGCUGUUAUCGAGAAAGUGUGUUAUAUUUUCCGUUUUAUGUAAGCACUCUUUUUUGCUCUCUACAGACAAACCAAACUUUGAAUGCAGUGAAUUAUUAUUAUUGUUCAUUGAACGUAAUUUAUAUUGUCGUCUUAAAUAUGUAAUCAAUAAGGAAUGAGCAUAUAUUGUUAAGGUGCGACUAUAUUUGGUAAUGAAAAUAUGAGGGCAUGAAAUAUUUUUGUCAGAAUUUAUUUAGCUCGAUGUAAAAUGUAAUUAAAUAUUCAGAUUUGAAAUAAAUGAAAAGGAUGUAUGGA